GCCUAUUGAUCAAAGUCCAUCCUCCUCCCUUUUGUCUUUUCUUCAGUUUGUUAACUUCUCCAAAAGCCGCAUGGACUUCGGAUGAGCCGCCCAAACCUCUUGGCUGGCCUUCGUUUCAAUACGUUGGAUUUUGGCACAUCCGGACUGACCCGGUCCGUUUACACGCAGAUACUUCCCCCUCCUUUUUCAGCAGUGGUGUUCCAUGGAAUCUUUGUGGAAAUCAUUUAUUGUCAACACAGCAGCGAGGUCUGGAGCUAUAUCAUUGCACCAUCACAAGGGACUAUAUGAUGAGCAGCCAGUCAAUGCACACCUUUGUUGACCCAGUGUUUCGAAGCAAGAUGCCACUAUUGGACGGGACGAUAGCAUCCACAGGACUGUCAAAACCACAAACUAUGUCUGGUUUCCUGGGUAAGCAGAUGCUGCAGUACAGCGGGGCCUACUUCACUCAUGAUCCCAGAGGAAAAGAUGAGGCGGGAUUCACUCCUCCUUGGAACAACUCAAAGACCUCUCUGGUGGAUCGCAGGAGUCCUGUGAGUCACUUCUCUGGCAUGGAUGGACAAAAACACAUAAUUUACAGGCAAGACAGCAGUUCUUCAGAGGAAGGCCAUUGCCAUUCUUCCUCUCUGCAUCACGCACCAGUAAAACAGGGCUUUACAUUAUACACUAAAAGUCCUGGGAUCAGCAGUCCUACAGCUGCUGCAUCAGGGGCUCUUAGAAAAGUAAAAACUGGAGGUGAUAAUUCAUCUCCCCCAUCUGAAAACUCUGUUUACUUAGCGAUUCCUAAGCCAGUUUAUGUGCAUAACCCCUGCUGCAAUGAACUGGGUUGUGUGAUAGGACAACGAUACAGUGUGGAACACGGCUCUCCGAGGAUACCAAACACUGUAUAUGAGCAUGAUUGGAUGCAAACUGAUACUCACUACACUGAAAGACCGCCCAUCCAGAGGAAAGCACAAGACACACUGCCGCAACAGAGAGGUUUACAGAUUGAGCCCAGUGCAGAACCACUAAAGAGGAUGAAUGUGGAGACAUACAGCCCCGGUAGAGCAAGGGCCUUUCCUGGUAUGAUUGACCCAAAUUAUAGCAGUUACCCUUGCACCCCGACUCGCACACUUUUUGGUUCUCCAAGUGAGCAGAGCCAGCGUUUACAGACUUCCCCCAGAGGUUACCCUAGCUUAUACCCCUCUCUUCCCGUAUAUGAGCAUAUGACCUCAGAGGUUUAUCGGGAACAUUCUCCCAUGACCAAAUAUGGCCAGUUAACACAGCACCCGAUGUUUUACUACUCCCAGGCAAAUGUAGAGGUAGAAAACGGGACACAGUUCAAGCAGAGAGAAGAUGUGGCUGUUAUUCUUAAACACACAAUCUCAAACCCCCGGGAGCAUUACAUAGUGCCUCAGUCGCGUCAUGGUGAAAUUCCUUUGACAGGCACUGAAACGUUGCCAAAUCAUGCCUUGAUGCAGGGUUUUGACUAUCCAUAUUAUGCAGUUCCCAGAUUUCAUUUAAAUCCAAGCCAAAUCGGAGCCCCUCUAAAAAGGCAACAUGCAUCGCCUAGCUUUCACUCUACUCGCAUAAAUGUUUCCCCAUCCAGCCAUUACAUGGAGCACCCCAUGGCCUCUGCAACCAUCCUACACAAGGACAAACCCAGCGCCAGCCUGCAUGCUGGCCAAUCACACACCAACUCACCAUUCCUAUGUGUGGACCAAACCAGUCCUACCAGACGUGUAAGCCAACCUGGUGUCUCACCAUCCAGCAUACAGACUAACCGUUUUUUUGCCCCACUCACCAGCCUGCACAUUGACCGACCAGUCUUUCCUCCAACUGGCCUGAACAUGGACAGAAUCCUGGACUAUUCCUCUUGUGAUGCCCAGGUUAUGUGCCCAGAAAAGCCAAAAAGGUUUCCCGUUUCCCCCGCGGCAUGUCUUCCCCGGUCACCGCAUCACAGUUCAGAUCGAGUCCACGCAGCUGUACCCAAUAGUGCAAAUGUCCGAAAAAUAAUUUAUUCCCCUGCUGUUGCACCAGGAAAUAAACACAAUGGCCCUGUGUCUAGUUCAGGCACUGCUGUUCUGAAAGAGUGCUUGAAGAGAAGUACUUCUCACUCAUCUUCACCCAUCAGAAUAAAAGAAGAGGAUAGGGAUUUAUGUGAGGUGGAACUCAAUAAGAAACGACGAAGGGUGGAAAUGGAGAAUGGAGAAGUAGGAAAUGAAACAGACUCUCCUCCAAUGCCAGUUAUUGACAAUGUCUUCAGCCUGGCACCUUACCAAGCAUACCUGCAGGCAUCUGGAAUGUUAUUUCCAGGCAGAAUUGUCCGGUCACCUGAGCAGCGUGAAGACAAAACCAAGCAAGACGUUCAAGCGAAAAGGCCACAUCGAGAUGAACAGCAGUCUGUUGUCCGACUGGUUCCCAAAGCAACGUGUGCAGACACUCCAACAGAGAAGCGUGCUGUAGAGCUCUUUGAACCCAAACAUAUUAAAGUGGAAAAAGUAGAUCCAUUAGACCCUGAUGACUCCUCAAAUACUCCUGUUAGUCAGAGGUACUGCAGCAAAUUAACAAUCAAAAAAGAACCCAAAGAGACCAGUUCAUUCAACAGCAAACCCAUGUUGGUGAUAAAGAAAUGUGAACCUGACGAACUUGAAAGUAAACCCUCAAUAGCAGAUGAAAAGGAGACUUCACAUGAGUCCAAACCUGGUGAGGUGACUGCACAGAUGAACUCUGCUUCUCGGGCUGAUGUAUGCACACUGCAUGAACAGCAGGUCACCCUGCAACCCAAAUCCAUUACUCCACCUCAACCCCCUGAGAGCAAACUCAAUUUUAAAAACAUUCCUCCCCAGUGUCUGAAACUUUCCACCUACAAUUUAAUUUUCUGUGAUAUCAAGCCUUCUUGCCCAGCUGCGCCCGCAGAGAGGCCACCUGUGCAGCCAAUAGCUGAAGUUAUACCAAAACUAGAAGUCCAAAUGCCAGUCCGCACGCACUUCUUUGAGAUGCACCAUUCACUCUGCAAGUUAGUAUCCGACUUUGUGUCGGCCUCUUCAGAGCAGGAACUCAGAACCUGGUUGUCUCAGUUGGAACUGCCUGAAGCGGUAUCUCCUUCAGCCAAAGUCCAGAAAGUGUCUUGUUUGUUGGGGGUAAAAGCCAGAGAGGUGUGGCUCAAUGAGGAGAUGAAGUCAGCGCUCCAUACGGUCCUGGAGAGGUUGAGAGAGUACACCUCCCAAGAACGCUGUCCUUUUCCACACGUCAUGCGGACGGGGGCAGUGUUCCUCCCCAUGUUGGUGGUGAAGGAGCUAUUGUUUCCGAUGGUCCAGGGCAGCUUCAUCGACCAGGUCCUGCAGGAGCACAGAGUGGAGCUGCGGCCUACCACGCUCUCCGAAGAAAAGCUCCUCAUCCAGUUUCAUAAAAGAGCCUGUUCCUCCCGGCUCAGAAGACUAAUGUCCCUCAAACACCUGCCGGACAUCUACGUGGACGUGGUCAACCUUUUGUAUCACACCUGUGUCUGCAAACAUCUGGAAUCAACCUCACCUGAUGUCCAAAAGAGAGUCCAGGAUUAGAUAUGGAUGAUCCUGCUGACAGAGAAACAGAUGAAGGGUGUGAGGAGACUAUCAGCUGCAGGAGUCCUGUAUCAGACAUCACUGCCUCACCCUCAGAAUCACACCCACAGAGACGUCCGAAGGACCAUGAAAAAACCAGUAAUAGAAGAAAAAGCAGGAUAAAGACCAGUUCGAGGCAUAUGUUUCUGGACAGCAAUUUGUCAGAGAAGGAAGAGGCAGAUGACACCAAGAAGACUGUAAGGGGAGGUGUGCUGGAUCCAUUUAGGGAGAAAACCUGGAGUGGCCGUCAGUCUGAAGAGACAGGAAGUGGCCGUAUGGUUACAGAGCAGGAUUCCUCACUCAUUCCACUAAGUACAACUUUGGAAAAUUCAUGGAUGUGUCCUAUAACCUUUGAGAAGCUUUCUCCGUCUCCCAGUGACACAGAAACAGAGGAACACUCCAGUCUGCAGCCUGUUGGAGCAAAGUCUCCGGGUAGAUCCGAGAAUUGUUCCGGUGUGAUUCUCAAACUGAGGAGGAUGUUCAGCGAAGGUCUGAACAGAAAAAAGGCGCGCUACGAAGCAGUCAUUCCUCAAGCCGGGUCAUUUGCUAAUCCUUCCCACUUACAUACUGGUGAUGGGGGGGGAGAAGUGAGCAGCGAGAGCGACCCUCACAGGAGGACGCCCAGAGUAACCCACAGGUGGCAGAGAACGGGAAGCUUCCCGCACGCCUUAAGACCGCUUAGCAGCUCUUCUAAGAGAAAACGCAGAUCGCUCGUGAAGAUCAAAUACUGUCCCUACUUGUCUACCUGCCACAGCGCUGAACACAGGAGGAGAUGGAUCCUGCGUUCGGCCGUCCAGAGGGCUCGGAGGGCCAUGAGGUUCUACCCAGACCUGGUAGGAAAGAGGAUUCGUCAUCUGUAUGAAGAAGAUGACAAAUCCGAAGUGUGGUACAGAGGGGAAGUGGUGCGUAUCCAUGAAGCCCACUCCAACCCUCUGAAGACUAUAUUUGAGGUCAGGUAUGACAGCGAGCCAGAGUGGAAGUACUACCUAGAGCUACUGAUAGACUAUAAAAAAGGCUGGCUCAAAAUCGAAGACGAGUUCACCCAAACAAAUGUCUAGGUGCAAGUUUUGUUUUUUGCCUUGUCACGCUGCAAUCGGUUCCCCUACUGUCUUUUUUUUACUUUCCAAAAGUCGGCUGAUGCCUCCUCAGGAAUGAAGUCUGACUGGAUAAUGUUUUUUGUUAUGAGGUCAACUACACAUUCUUUGUCACUUACAACUGCAGUUUUUAGAUUCUUACGAUGAGCAAUGCGCAACAUCCUGUAGAUGUUUUUUACGCCCUUAUCUUUUGACACAUCUAUCGAUAGCUUUUUGUGGUUGAUAGAAAAGUUAGAUUGCAGUUAUGUCAAAUAAAUGCUACAACACUGCCCAAUUCAUAACCAGUACAAAACUUUGGAUUUUUAUUGUAACUUUUAUUGUAAGCAACUAUGAAGUUGGGUAUUUAUUGCCUUCAUUAUCCAUGUUUCUGGUUAAAACAAUGUUAUUCUGAGUGAAGUUCGCGACUCGUAGAUAGUUUUUCUAUUUAUACUUUGCCAGUAAGAAAUUAGAAACCAGAAAAUGACAAGACAUUUAUAAAAGGGUUUUUUACUGUCAAACCAGCCACAUGUAUAUAGGUUUACAGUAGCAGUGCCAGUCUUGUACAUCAUAACAAAGAGUGAUUGUUUUCCCCUGAUUGUGGUUGGUGUUUAACUGAAGCUGCAUUGGCAUUAAUGUAGUUCUGUACUAAGCUGCUGGACUUUAAUGACACCCAGGCUGAGAUGUCCCCAUGUUAUAGCGUUUUAAACACUGUGAACCUUAAGACUUUCACCUCAUAUCACAUUUUAAUUAAAUUUUGGAUAAUUGCUGUAUAUUUCUGCAGAUCAAGUUGUUUAACAUUGUCACUCGUCUUAAAUAAAUGUUUGUAAUGAUUCCAUGGUGUUUAAGUGUACUUUUCUCUCCCAAAAAUGCACCUUUAACUUUAGCAACAACUUUAUAAAGUUUGUCGUUUACUCACCAGCUUCAUGGGAUUUCAUGUAAGAUUCAUCAUAUUGCUAAUGCUUCACUGCU